AUUUGACCUCACGCGCAUCUGGAUUGGCUCCGUUUCAGAUGGGAUCUGCUCAGCCUGAAGCGCGCUGCGUAACAUGAUCGGUAGGGAGCAGCAAGUGCAGCAUCUGCUUCAUGUGAUCCUGAACUGUCCCGCACAAGGUUUUUCAGGAGGGAGCUGGUGACCUGCAACACUUUGAGGGGUUGCUGCUCACUUGCUGUCAUGUCUCUGUACAGAAAUGCCGUCUGGUUUUUGAAUGGGAUCCACCAGUACACAAGGCAAGGAUUCGAGACAGCAUCGAAAGACUUUGAGCCAAAGGACCUUGACGUGCCCGUUGUGGGUCGAUCCUUUAUGAUCACCGGAGCUAACAGUGGAAUUGGCAGAGCAACAGCCAUGGCCAUAGCCAAGAAAGGCGGGACAGUCCACAUGGUGUGUAGGAACAAGGACAGAGCAGAAGAGGCCAAAUCAGACAUUGUUUCUGCAUCCGGGAACACGGAGGUGUACGUCCAUGUUGUGGACAUGUCUCAAACACGCCAAGUUUGGGAGUUUGCCGAGGCCUUCAAGAAACAGUAUUCAUAUCUGAAUGUGUUGAUCAACAAUGCAGGUUGUAUGGUGCACAAGCGAGAGCUCAAUACAGAGGGCUUGGAGAUGAACUUUGCUACCAACACCAUGGGGGUCUAUAUUCUCACUCAGACACUCAUACCACUUCUACAGAAGAGUCGGGACCCCAGAGUGAUCACCGUGUCCUCAGGAGGCAUGCUGGUUCAGAAACUCAGAGUGGAUGACUUGCAGUCAGAGAAGGACUACUUCGAUGGCGUCAUGGUCUACGCUCAGAAUAAGAGACAGCAGGUGGUGCUAACAGAACACUGGGCCAAAACCUACCCAAUGGUUCACUUUUCUGUCAUGCAUCCUGGCUGGGUAGAUACACCAGCUGUUUCUACAUCAAUGCCUCAGUUCCACCAGAUGAUGGGGGACAGGCUACGUACUGCAGAGCAAGGAGCUGACACUGUUGUGUGGUUAGCCCUGUCCAAAGUUGCUGCUAGAACAUGCAGCGGGCAAUUUUUCCAAGAUCGUCAGGCUGUUCCGGCCCACCUCCCCCUGGCUUGGACUCACAGUUCUGAUGAAGAGAUUCAAAGUUUCAUAGCUCAGCUGGAGGCUUUGACCCGAGCUGUUCAGUCACAGCAUGGAGCUGAUCCUAAAGGUCCUCUGGACCCAUCCAGACCUGACUUUGUCUAGAUUAUGUUACACCACAUACUGACCAAUAAGCGUUAAUAAGUAUCAAAUAAUUUUAAAAAACAAAAAAAUGGGGCAUUUUUCCCCCACACAAUUUAAUUUAUGGUACUAUUUUUUGAAAGGAGAUAUAUGACUCCUCUUAUAACAAGCCAAUGAAAUAAAAUUAAAUAUUGGAAUUGGAGUACAAUUAGAGAUGGGAUAUAUGGCUCUUUAAAAGUAUCUAAAUCUUGAGUUUCCUUUCAAAAAAAAUAGUUUAAUUUUGAAUGUUAGAGACAUCAUUAUGUAUUUUUUUGGUGGUUCUUAGUGGUUUUCCACCAAGGGCGUAAUCACCAUCUUCAAAGCAGGGGGGACAGAGGGUACAGAUAUUGGAAGUUGGGGGGACAUGUCCCACCCUGUACCUAUGGCAGUUACGCCCAUGUUUUCCACCCUCCUAGACCCCUUUCACAUAGUUUUGAUGGUUUUUGGUGAUUUUUCACUGGAUUUUGGUCCACUUGGGCCCCUUUCACAUGGUUUCUGACGGUUUUUAGUGGUUUUGGCUGGUUUUCGGCCCUCCUAGACCCAUUUCACAUGGCUUUUGGUAGUUUUCACUGAUUUUCCACCCUCCUAUGCCUGUUUCACAUAGUUUUUGAUGGUUUUUUGGUGGAUACAUGUUGAAGUAGCCAUGCUAGAACUGUACCAUGUGACUUGUCAAGCAUGCAAUCCCCAUGUUCCUUCCUUCGUUGUGGAAAAGCAAAUAAGUAAUGUAUGUGUAUGCUUCUGAGGAAAAAAUAAAUUAAAUAAAAGCCAAACAGC